AUGGCAGCGACACUCACUGCAACACCUUCAGCGCACGUUUUCGAGAAACAAGAUGUAGCGACUCAUAUCAAUUUCUGGAAAAAGCUAGACACUCCACCCAAAGUCAUUGACCUCACCCAGCCAAACGCCGAGCAAGAUGCCGCGAACGCGAAGGAGCAUGAUGAUCCACAUCCUGUGACUGUCCAUGAUGUUCGCGGCGAGGAGCAGAACUACACACUUGCUAAGAAUGGCUUCCAAUAUGUUUCGCACGAAGUGCCAGAUUUGAAAGACUUGUCGGGUGAAGAAGAGGUGAAGCGGGUUUUGGUUCCACUGACCGAGGAGUUGGUGAAAAAGACCACCGGUGCUUUCAAAACCAUAGUUUUACAAACACGUAUACGCAAUGUCGCAGAAGCCGGGCAAAAGGACCGUCUGGCGGAGAACUUCCCAGCUUAUGGUCCACACUGUGACAUGACACCAGUCGGAGCCGAAAACACCCUCCAAAAUGUUAUCCAAGACCCGGAAGCACUCGCAGCUCUGAAAGCUGGUCGGGUCAUGGUCAUCAACGUCUGGCGCCCUCUAAAAAUCAUCACGAGAGAUCCGUUGAGUCUUUGUGACUGGCAGUCCGUUGAAGAACAGAAUGACAUCGUGCCGAACCGCAUGAUCUUCAGACCUGGAAUCUGGCAUGAGUUUGGGAAGAUUGCUUAUAGCGAGAAGCAGAAGUGGUGUUACUUGAGUCAGCAGCGGCCAGACGAACCGGUUCUGUUCAUGCAGUAUGAUAACAAGUCGAAUUAUGGAGGGUUGUCAUUACCGCAUACUGCUUUUGUGGACUCUAGGUUUGUAGAGGAGGAGCCAAGGCAGAGCAUCGAGAUCAAGAUGUAUGCUUUCUUGAAGGAAUGA